CAACGGGGGGCAACCAGUUUUGUCGGCCGGCGGCCGUUGUGCAGUUCAGUCUUGUGCCGUUCGCAGAAACGGCCGGAGCCCAGCCACCGGUGGCGAGCUAGAAAACGCGGAAAACAUUCGGAACUCUCCUUCCUUCCAGGAGAUUAGUGCAACUUCCGCUAACAAGGCGCAACCGACGGGUACACCCAGAUCCGUCCGCGCAAUGGCGACCGUGAAGGAUAGUGCGGUGAUCGUGCGCCGGACGCAACGGGACGAUCUGCCGGAAGUGAUCGCUAUGAUACAGGAGCUGGCUGACUUUGAGAAGAUGCCGGACGGACCGCAGCUUACCGUGGACGAUCUGAUACGGGACGGUGGAUUCGACGGGCGGCAAUCAGUCGAUGGUGAUGGUGGUGCCCCAGUGUUUCAUAGUUUUGUGCUCGAAGCUACUGCUGCUGCCAAUGCAGACGACCCGGACGGCCCGGCUAAUCAGGAACAGCUACAAACGUCAAUGCCGGGCCCGGCCAGCAAGCCAGUAAGACCUCUAACCCGCAAGCUGAUCGGAUACGCCAUCUGCUACUACUCGUACUCGACCUGGCAAGGAAAGUCGCUCGCACUGGAAGACAUCUAUAUCCGGCCGGCCUACCGGGGCAACGGGUAUGGGGAGCUGUUCUUCCGUGCCCUGGCCAAGCAUGCAAAGGAAAGCCGCUGCUCCAGGGUGGAUUUCCACGUGCUCAACUGGAACCCGGCCACCAAGUUUUACCGUCGUAUGGGUGCGCUGGAUUUAACCGAAACCGAGAGUUGGCACUUUUAUCGGUUGCAAAAGGACGCCAUCGAUCGGCUGCUGGCAGAUGAUCGGCAGUAGGAAAGAAGGGAUCGGCUUUGCAUAGGAAACGAGUGUCAAGUAUUAUCGAGAAAUAGCAGGGCAGCACGGAGAUGACCCGUUUGGUGUAAUGAUGAACGCGCCGGUUUCUGAGAAAACCCCUUCCUUAGUUCGAUUCCCAUCCAGGACUUAAUAGACUUUAUAAUAAUUAAUCGAUCUUUGUAUUAUAAUUAAGAUCUAGCAGAGACCUUUUUACUGUAAAGGCGUCUGGGGUGGGGUAUGUGAUCAGAGUAUUACGGAUGUCGUUACGCUCAAAGAAGAAAAAGAAAAAAAACCGGAUAUUCUAAUUAAAGAAAACAAAGGCAAGUGUUAGGAAAGAUAUUACAAUUUGUUGUCACAUUCGAUGGAUUGGAAAGAGAUUCCGGAAAUGUUGUGCAAUAAGGGGAUUUAAGUCACUGUUAAUUCAUUAUAUUGAUUGUUAUGCUGUGAUAAGGCAGAGGAAGAAGAGAUGAAUUAGUAAAGUUUAGCAUCAGAUCCGGAUAAUAAUGACACAUUACCGUAGCCUUUUCUAAUCGCGGAAUAAUUUAUUCUUUUUCAACAUUACAGGGUUUUCCAGGAGUUCUCAUAGGAGUGGGAUACUUUCUUGACUCUUUCUUGCAGGAAGUGAACUUCAUAUGUUGGAAAUUGGACUCUAUGGUACCCUUUUUGGACAGGCUCCUUGGAAAUUCCUAUUAGAUUUGUCCAACAAGGAUGCUAUAGAGUCAAAUUCCUAUUACAUAAAAUUAAUUUCAUGUAAGAAAGAGUCAAUGAAGUGUCCCACAGCUAUGAGAACUCCUGGAAAACCCUAUAUGUACCCCGAUCUGACCAUUUGUCACAAACAUAAAAAUUGAGACGUAACUGAAAA